AUGAUUCAUCACACAAUGGAUGACGAUCCCAAUUCAUCCUAUCUUCGACGACCCGGACCUUUUGCUUCGACACCGCCAUCUGGAUCUCAUCCGAAUCGCCCUUCUUCUCGCACAUCACGACCUAAUUCUCGCGCUCGGAUGGUAAAACCGCCAGGUGCCAUUACGCCUACUGGCCUCGGCGUGCUUACAGAGAAUGUGACAAACUUGUCUCCAGACGGUCACGGAGCCACUAGCCCUAUAAAAGAGGGGUUAGGUAGUUUAAAUCGCUGGUCCCAAUCUACCGCAUCCAGUAAAAGCCCCUCGGAGUACACCGGUCAUCAUCGUCGAGGGAGUUCGAAGAUGUCCAUGUCAGGCUACCGUGGACGGGGCCACAGUCCCCAACGUGCGCCGGGGCCAAAUGGAGUGCCGAUGCUUGAUUUGCCAGAACUGGACAAGUCUGCCAUGUUCAACAGUGGCCCAACAUCACAACAACUUGAUCUUUCAUUUACGGCCUCAACCCAGGUCUUCCAACCCUCUACACAUAAUCUCGAAACAGAUAUGGACCAUUCAUUUGCGCGGACCAGUGGGGGGUCCGUUUCUCUGAAUGACGGGGAAACCGACCCGGCAAUCAUACAGCAUGGACAAACCCAAAAGGCGAUGCUGUCAAAAGCACUUCAAAAGGCGAACACGGCAGUUCUUCUUGACAAUGCUGCCAAUUUCGAGGGUGCUAUGGAAGCUUACUCGGACGCUUGCAAUCUAUUGCAGCUUGUCAUGCUUCGCAGCAACGGCGGAGACGAAGAAAAACACAAACUCCAGGAAAUUCGGGAUACCUACAUGCUGCGGGUAACGGAGCUGCACCGUAUGGACUUUCCUCUCGGGGAGAGCGACAACAAGGCUCUUCCAGAUCGGCCUCUCAGCCAAGAGUCUUACGGAGAAUAUCUUCAUUCGGCAAAUGAUAGGGUCCAACUUGACAGCCAGCAGAACUCGCCUCAUCCAAGCUUUGGUUUCCAUCAAAUCCCGCUAGAAGAGACAAACGGGUUCUCUUUGGAAGCGGUCCCCCCUCGACGCCAAUCCUUGAAGCCAUCUGCUUUAGAAGAUCAACCACGAUCUAUAACUUUGCCGGGUAGCCAGGAGGAUUCCAACGAAUCCACUUCGUGGCUGGACACCAUUGACGAAUCCGGUGCUUCAUCGCCGUCGUCGGCGAACUCGAAGGCGUCGUCUGUCUAUCUUCGGCGCCGAACUAGCCGUCGUCUCAGCAAUGAUACCGAGGCUGAAUUCGAUGCGGCCCUGGAUGCGGCGGUUGAAGCUGCAUAUGACGAAGGUCUGGAGCCGGUGCUGGAGUACAAGGAAGAGGAAAGCGAUGAUAUUGUCUCAAAUGCUCGCAGAAAUAUCGAAUUAGCGAAGCAAAGGGUGCGCGAGGCAGAACAAGAGGCAGAGGCAAUGAACCGGGACCGUGAAAUGCGUCGGCUCCAAGAACAGACAAGUCUGGAGAAUGACCAUACUGCCCGUACGUCGACAUAUCUGGACGAUGAAGCAGAGGAAGAGGAGCGUCUAUUGGAGGAGAUGACUAAGGGAUACGUGAUGGAUGACUUUGAAUUCGGCAUUCAGUCCAAGUCGGCACUUCCCCGAGAAUCCGAUUCUAGCAAUAUGUCUGGGAGAACCUGGGAAAGCUCUGCAACGUCUAAUGCUGCGAGCACUGGGGGCGCACUGUCUACGCUUGCAGAAGAUGAUGUCUUGCCAUCAGACGACCGAAGGCCCGAACCAUAUACCAUGCCCUCUUCUCCCCCAUCCUCAGCUUUACCGCCCUUACCAGCAUCAUCUGACUUUCCGGCUCCUUCAAAGCAGCGAGCUUCGGGAUCGACCCGGGCUGAUUCUGUUGGCUCACUCGCCUCUUCCACAGGCCCAGGGGUGCGAGCCCGGCGCCUAUCCAGCCAGACCCGGGAGCUCAAGAUUGAGACGAACGCACGCUCCUCUCGCGCCAAUUCCAAUGCAUCAUCAGCCUUGGAAAACUCCGCAGCCCCAUUAGCCAACCGUCCGCCGCCGUUGCCGAAAGAUGAUCCAUCUGGUCCCGGCGGGCGCUCCACUUUGCAUCCAACACAGCGCAAUCCCUCACUGAGCUCUUUCACGGAUAUUCCCAAUCUCUCCAAAGCACGAACCCAUGAAGAUGAUGAAAACGAAUUGCCACCCCUGCCACUGUCAGCGCGCCCCAUGGGCAAAGUACCCUCAGCUCCAGAUGGAUUGAAUAGACUUCACUCUAAUACAAAGCCCUUCCGAGCCCGGAACGCCUCUGUUCCGCUCCAGAUACCCGACAUGUGCCCAGAAUCCCCAAGUACCCCAUGGAGCGGGGCAUUCCCUGACACCCAAAGAGGUGCGACUAGCGGUGUUCCAGUUCCACCCACCCCGACCCUGUCCAGCUCCACUUUGAGUCAGAAUGGGCUGCCAAGUGGCGGGCCAAAUCUGUUUGGUAGCAACAUCCACUCUUCAACAUCGCUAGGUCGUCCAAAUUCGUUGAUAGCCAACGCACCGGUUCCUCUGGAGCCCUGUCCGGAAUCUUUCCUUCUCCGCCCAUUCUGGCUGAUGAGAUGUCUUUACCAGACCCUGGCGCACCCGCAUGGUGGCUAUUUGUCAGAAAAGCUCUUCAUCCCUCGAGAUGUCUGGCGCGUGAAAAAUGUGAAAUUGAAGGGGCUCGAGGAGAAAAUCUCCAACUGCGAUCUCCUGACCGCUGCUUUGCUCAAGUUGGCCCAGGUCGAUACGUACGAUGCAGAUGCGGUCUUAGAAGAGAUGCAGUCAUUCGAAGCUGUCCUUGACCAGGUUCAGGGGCUGCUGUCUAAGAAAUUGGGCAGUGAUGUUGGUGUCCAAGCAUCAAUGCCGUUGUUCAAGCCAGCUUCCACGCCGGAUGAACCUGCUCAACCCGAGGUUGCACCAAAUAAAUCAUAUCUGACCUGGAAACGACUACGGGCCAAAACUUCCGGACUCGGGACCAGCAGCCCUGUCCACAGCGCCCGAGAAAGUAAUAAAGACAACCUGAUCCUCAACUCUGUUCCGAUGACGUCUGGGCAUGGAACGCCUGCGAAGCGGAAUGUCACUCAGCUUGAAUUCUCUGGGCCCCACGCAAACUACAUGGGGGCAUUGGCGCGGCUUUUUGACGCUGCACAGGUGCUAGAGCAAAUCGCCCAGCAAGUUGAGGACCCUGGUCUCAAACAUUCAUCUAAGACCCAUGUUGGUCUGGAACUCAGCACCCGACAUGCUGCUGAGUUCUUUGGCUUCUACAUCUGCCGAUUCGCCCUAGCCGAUGUGGGCUUGAUGCUCGACAAGUUCAUCAAGCGAGGUAGCGAGUGGGUGUUGGUGUAG